AUGAAUUUUGGGGGAUUUCUUGAUAACAAUUCAGUUGGUGGCGGCGGUGCAAAAAUCGUUGCCGACAUACCUUACAGCGACAGCAGCAACCACAACAACAACAACGUUAACAGCAGCAAUACAAACAUGCCCGCAAGUGCUGCAAUUGCUCAGCCGCGCCUCGCUACUCAAUCUCUUUCCAAGUCCAUGUUCUCCUCUCCUGGCCUCUCCCUCGCCCUUCAAACGAGUUUGGAGGGGCAAGAGGUGAGGAGAAUGUCCGAAAACUACGAGUCCAAUAUGAAUAUUGGAAGGAGAAGCAGAGAUGAAGAGCACGAGAGCAGAUCUGGGAGUGAUAACAUGGAGGGUGGAUCAGGAGAUGAUCAAGAUGCUGCCGACAAGCCACCAAGGAAGAAGAGAUACCAUCGCCACACCCCCCAACAAAUCCAAGAACUUGAAGCUCUCUUCAAAGAGUGUCCUCAUCCCGAUGAGAAACAAAGGUUGGAGCUCAGCAAAAGGCUUUGCUUGGAGACUAGACAAGUUAAGUUUUGGUUUCAGAAUAGAAGAACACAAAUGAAGACACAACUCGAGAGGCAUGAGAAUUCAAUCCUCAGGCAAGAAAAUGAUAAGCUUCGCGCGGAAAAUAUGUCAAUAAGAGAGGCCAUGAGGAAUCCAAUUUGCACCAACUGUGGUGGUCCUGCAAUAAUUGGCGAAGUCUCCCUAGAGGAGCAACAUCUGAGGAUUGAAAAUGCACGAUUGAAGGACGAAUUGGACCGAGUUUGUGCACUUGCUGGAAAGUUUUUAGGCCGUCCCAUAUCGUCCUCGGCCGCAUCCAUGGCUCCUCCAUUGCCCAAUUCCAGUUUGGAGCUCGGGGUCGGAGGAAACGGAUUUGCUAGCUUAAGCACUGUCCCAGCAACACUGCCGUUAGGCCCUCCAGAUUUCGGGGUCGGAAUCGGAAACCCUUUAUCCUUGAUGGCGGGUCCGACUAAAGCAGCGGCAACAACUGCCGGGACGGGCAUUGAAAGAUCAUUGGAGAAAUCCAUGUACUUGGAGCUGGCUUUGGCGGCAAUGAAUGAACUGGUGAAAUUGGCACAAACAGAUGAGCCCCUUUGGCUGAGGAGCCUGGAAGGCGGUAGAGAAAUACUGAAUCAUGAGGAGUACAUGAGAACAUUUACUCCUUGCAUUGGCGUGAAACCCACUGGCUUUGUUACCGAGGCCUCCAGAGAAACCGGCAUGGUGAUUAUCAACAGCUUGGCUCUCGUGGAGACAUUAAUGGAUGCGAACAAAUGGGCGGAGAUGUUUCCUUGUAUGAUUGCAAGAACCUCGACCACAGAUGUGAUAUCAGGUGGAAUGGGAGGAACCAGAAAUGGUGCACUUCAGCUGAUGCACGGGGAACUGCAAGUUCUUUCGCCAUUGGUUCCAGUUCGUGAGGUGAAUUUCCUCCGGUUUUGCAAGCAGCAUGCAGAGGGGGUGUGGGCUGUGGUGGACGUGUCCGUUGAUUCCAUCCGGGAAACUUCCGGUGGUGGUGCGUCACCGACAUUUCCCCGUAGUAGAAGGCUUCCUUCUGGUUGUUUAGUGGAAGAUAUGCCCAAUGGCUACUCCAAAGUUACUUGGGUAGAACAUGCUGAAUACGACGAAUCUAUGAUCCACCAACUCUACCGCCCGUUGAUCGGUGCCGGAAUGGGGUUCGGCUCUCAGAGAUGGAUCGCCACCCUCCAACGCCAGUGCGAGUGCCUCGCCAUCCUCAUGUCCUCCAGCGUCGCACCCCGGGAUCACACCGCAAUAACUGCAAGUGGGAGGAGGAGCAUGUUGAAGCUGGCGCAGCGGAUGACUGAUAACUUUUGUGCCGGCGUCUGUGCUUCGACGGUGCACAAAUGGAACAAACUGUGUGCCGGCAAUGUGGACGAGGAUGUCCGAGUGAUGACCCGAAAGAGCGUGGACGAUCCCGGCGAGCCACCGGGCAUUGUUUUGAGCGCAGCCACGUCCGUUUGGCUCCCCGUUUCCCCGCAGAGACUCUUUGAUUUUCUCCGCGAUGAACGCCUCCGGAGUGAAUGGGACAUCUUAUCCAACGGUGGUCCCAUGCAAGAAAUGGCCCAUAUUGCCAAAGGUCAAGAUCACGGCAACUGCGUUUCCCUCCUCCGUGCUAGUGCUAUGAACGCGAACCAGAGUAGCAUGCUGAUACUGCAGGAGACAUGCAUAGACGCGGCGGGGUCGCUUGUGGUGUACGCGCCCGUUGACAUUCCAGCAAUGCACGUGGUGAUGAACGGUGGGGAUUCCGCAUACGUUGCCCUGCUCCCCUCGGGAUUUGCUAUCGUACCUGACGGCCCAGGUUCUCGUGGGCCCCUUCCCAAUGGUCUGACAAACGGCCCCACCAGCCACAGAGUUAGUGGGUCCCUCUUGACCGUGGCCUUCCAGAUUUUGGUGAAUAGUCUCCCUACAGCCAAGCUCACUGUAGAAUCCGUGGAGACCGUCAACAAUCUCAUUUCUUGCACCGUACAGAAAAUCAAGGCUGCUCUUCACUGCGAAAGCUGACUCAGGAAGGAAGGAAGGACAGUACUAUUUUGAGCCAAUUAGUCUUUUUUAUAAUAAUAAAAAAGAAAAUCUGACGUGGGCAUGUUGUAUGGUCUUGUCAUAUAGGCUUUUUUAUAUUAAAAAAAAUUUUUUUUUUUGGUUUGUUUGUUUAUCGGGAGUGGAAAAUUCUUAAGUAGAUCUUGUUUAUUGUAAAUUAUGCAUUUAGAAUCUUGUAUUAUUGUGCAUUAAUGGCUUGUACUCUUCCAUAGCGUACAACGUAGAUGCAUCUAAUACAAGUACUUCAUGCAUGGUUAAUGCAAUAGACAAAAUUUACUUCGGAA